GCCAGACAAAGAUAAAAUCGACAUAUUGAUUUAUAUCAUGGGGCCAGAAAGCGAAAAUAUUAUUUUGCAGUUCCCAAAUACAGCAAAUACAUUUCAAGAAACACUGGUUGGGUUCGAUCAUUACUUUUUUCCUAAGAAAAAUGUAGUUUUUGAAAGGGCUCGUUUCAACAGGAGAAGGCAGCAGCCCGGGGAACCAGUGGAAUCUUUCAUUACAGAUUUGCAUGUUUUAUCGGAACACUGUGAAUUUGUUUGUACUUGUGGCUCUACGACCAUGAAAAACGAUUUUAUAAGAGAUCGAAUUGUUGACGGUAUUCUAGAUCAGAAUCUCAGCGACAGAUUGCAGCUAAAAUCAAAUUUAAAGUUAGAAGACGCAAUUUUGGAGGCCAAGCAGGCGGAAAUGCUUUCAUGGCAAAGUAACAUUCUAAGGAAUGGCGAAGGCAUGGGGAAAGAGGUCUGCGCCUUGGACAAGAGAAAAUAUCGAAGCAGCAAAGGCAGCAGCGGAAAGACAGCCGGAUGGGCACAAAACAAAGAAGUGGCAGGAUCUGAUUUCUGUGGCAAGGAAUCACACUCACGGGAAAAAUGUCCAGCUCGGAAGGCAACUUGUUCACAUUCUAAGAAGAUUGGACAUUGGGCAAAGGUUUGCAAAAACAAAAGCGUCAGGGCAGUGGAGAAAGAAUCUGAGGAAUCAAAUUCCGAAGAAGAAAACAACAACAAAGAUGGAUUUAUAGGAUUAAUGGUAGGAUCUAAUCAAAAUUCAGACUCAAUGUCACAAUGGUUUUGUAGGCUAGAAAUUGAAGGGUUUUCAAAUAAAAUUAAGUUUUUGGUAGACUCGGAAGCCGAUGUGACUUGCAUGCCAGUAAAUCUUAUUCCAGAAAAUCUUUUAAAAAAAUUAAAAGCUCCGGAGGAUGUCAUAUCGGGUCCAGAUGGUCGACCUUUACAUGUAAUCGGUACCUUAAAGUUUUUAAAUCACAUAUCGAGACAAAAAAUCUCAACUUCAAGUAUAUGUUUUAAAAAAUUUAUAAACUCCUAUUUUAGGCAGAUCAGGAAUAGUCGAUCUAGAGAUCUUAAAAUUCACAGGGCAAGUGAGUCUUCAAGAGAUAUUACCAGAUGAGAAAACAAAAGUAGAUGUAAUCUCUGAAUUUCCUAACUUGUUUAACGGUCUGGGGGAAUUCAAGGGAGAAAUUGAAAUUCAAAUUAAGGAGGGAGCAAAACCGUUUGUUCAGGCAGCUCCUAGGGUAGUACCUUUACCACUUUUACCUAAAUUAGAAUCCGAACUUAAACGACUUCAGUCUUUGGGCAUAAUUGUACCAGUUGACGAACCAACUGCAUGGGUUUCGCCCAUUGUUGUAGUUCCCAAAGGGAAGGGGGUUCGCUUGUGUUGCGAUUAUAGAAGACUAAAUGAGAGCGUUUUGAGAUCACAUUUUCCAAUCGAUAAAGUCGAGACUACUUUAGCUAAAUUGGCGGGAUCACGCUAUUUUUCUAAAUUAGAUGCAAAUAAUGGGUUUUAUCAAAUCAAAAUUAAAAGAGAGUGCCAAGUUUUAACAACUUUUAUUACACCUUUUGGCAAAUUCAAAUAUACUCGUUUACCUUUUGGAAUUAGUUGCGCUCCUGAAUACUUUAGCUUGAAAUUUAACAAAAUUUUAGCGGGAAUAAAAGGCCUUGUUCAGCAUAUCGAUGAUAUUUUGAUUUAUGCGAGUACAAUGGCAGAACACGAUAAGAUGUUGAGGCAGAUCUUGACAAAGCUUGCUAGCGAGGGAGUUACGUUGAAUAAAAAUAAAUGUUUCUUUGGGGUUUCAAGAAUCAAUUUUUUGGGUCACUGGAUUUCUGAGAAAGGAAUAGAAAUUGAACAUUCUAGAGUGGAAGCUAUUUCAAAAUUUCCUGAACCAACUUGCAAACGUGAAUUACAACAAUGGCUGGGGAUGGUCAAUUUCGCAGGUAGACUCAUUGCAAAUAAAUCGGAAAUUUUAGCUCCUUUAAAUGAAUUGCUAAAAAAUAACAUAAUCUUCACUUGGAAAUCAAUGCAAAAAGAGGUUUUUCAGAAAAUAAUAUCUCUACUGAAACAGGCACCUUGUUUAGCUUUUUACGAUCCAAAUAAAAAGAUAAUAGUCAGUUCAGAUUCAAGUUCAUAUGGCUUAGGUGCAGCACUUUUUCAGGCUGACGACUCGGGAAAUAAAGAAAUUGUGGCAUAUGCAUCCAGAACUCUUACGCAGAGUGAGGAACGCUAUGCGCAAAUUGAAAAAGAAUGCUUGGGAUUAACUUGGGCAUGUGAGAAAUUUAGGGAGUAUAUUUUGGGACUUCCAAAAAUAUAUUUAGAAACAGACCACAAACCGUUAAUUCAGAUUUUGUCUACAAAAAAUUUAGACGAUCUAACCCCCCCGAUUACAGCGUUUCAGAAUUGGAUUAAUGCGUUAUCUAUGUUAUCUAUACACCGGGUAAAGAUUUGACUGUGCCUGAUGCGUUAAGUCGCAAUCCUCUGAAGUAUACCGAACCAGAUGUUUCUAUCAUAAUAAAAAAUUUACCAAUUAAAGACACAUUUUUAAAACUUAUCGCGGAGGAACAAAGGAAAGAUCCAGUUUGUAAAAAAUUGAUCGAGUACUACUCUACGAGUUGGCCUGAAAAACAUCAAACUUUCACCCGAUUUGACUUUUUAUUAUCAAUUUAGAAAUGACAUUUCCAUGAAUGAAAAUUUCUUACUCAAGGGUACGCGUAUAAUCAUUCCACCCACACUGCAAAAACAAGUUUUGGAUUUUAUUCAUUUAGGCCAUCAGGGCAUAACGAAAUGCAGAGAGAGAGAGAGCAAAAAUGAGUGUUUGGUGGGUAGGCCUUUCUACACAAAUCGAAAUUUUAGUAAAAAAUUGUCCAAAUCGCAUUGAAGAGAGAAUUAAUAUUAAAGAACCGUUUCAAAAAGAUACAAAUGUCACGACUCGACCCUGGCAAAAAAUUUGUGUUGAUCUGUAUAAAUGUCACGAAGUUUGGUAUUUAAUAAUAACAGAUUAUUAUUCUUGCUUUUUUGAAAUUAGUACUCUUGGACAAAAUAUGACUUCACGAAUAAUAAUUGGCAAAAUGAAAGAGGUUUUUGCUCGCUAUGGGUUUGCUGAAGAGGUGCGAAGUGACAAUGGUCCUCAAUUUUCGGACGAAUUUAUAGAGUUUGCCAAUAAAUAUAAUUUUAAACAUAUCACUUCGAGCCCUCGGUACCCACAAUCCAAUGGAAAAGUCGAGUCUACUGUCAAAAUUGCAAAAAAUCUCAUUAAGAAAAAUAAAAAUUCUUUUUUAGAAGCCUUGCUUUCAUACAGAAAUGGUUUUACACCGGGAGAACUUUUAAUGUCAAGAAAGUUGCGCUCAACUUUACCGAUGUUGCCAAGCAAAUAUGAAAAAUUAAUUGACACCCGAUCAUCCAUUGAAUUGGGGGAGGAAAGAAAGAGAAAAGAAAAGGAAAAUUAUGAUAAGAGACAUAGAGUUAAGGAAUUAUCUGAACUCAUUCCUGGUGAUGGUGUCUGGAUUACGGAUCUAAAAAAAUAUGGGAAAAUAAUUAAAAAAUUGGAUGAACCGAGAUCUUAUUUGAUCCAAACAGAUCAAGACGAACUAACCAAAACUUUAAUAAAAAACCGGUCCAGGUACCAAUGCCAGAAACAUCUAAAAGUGAUGCGGAAGUUUGUGUUUCAUCACAGCCCGAAAAUGAAUCUAGUACGGUGUCGGAAAGUAAAACAGAACAAAGUGCGUCCAUAGAACAGUCCGUAGCAAAUAGACGUUCAUUGCGCCAACAGAAAAAGCCCGCAUGGCUAAAAGACUUUGUAAUGUAAUGUUAUUUUAUUUAAAAGGGCAAAGAUGUUGCAUCAGGGUUUUCGGUGGUCUGUGAUGUUCAUAUUCUAUGGUCUUGAGAGGUUAGAAUGUAAAUAAAGGACUUUUAGUGGAGUUCUCUUUUAUUACAAAAAGCCUCCAACACGACAAGGAGUAACCGUUAAAGUUGUUCCUAUUUCUUAAAACUUCAAUUGAAUAAAAAAAGGAAAGGUGGAUUAAAGCAAAGCAAAGCAAAUUAGGACAUGGAUCCACUAACAGUUGAAGGUUUGCACCAAUCUGAAUCAUGUCUGUCAACCCAGGAAAGUGUAACAGAACCUGAAGUUUCCAAUGCACCGCAGCAAAUAGGCACAAAGAGAAUAAUUUCUACAAAAUAUUGUUUUAAGUGUUUUUCAUAUCUUUCUGUGUCGCCUAUUAUGGUUAAUUCAAAGAGACAAAGUAUUUGUGGACGUUGCAACAUUCAAGAAUCCAAAUUUCAAGCUUAUUCUCUGUUCAACAUACUUGGUCCAUAUUUUGUGUUUAAAUGUGUCAAUCAUUUUGAAGGAUGUAACAAGUUACUGGAAUUUAAUGCCAUAACAAAUCAUGAAGAACACUGCACCUUUAAAGAUGAACCAUACAGCAGUGAAUGUGUCUUUUGCUCCUUUAGUGGCAGGUGGUCUCAAAUUAUUAAUCAUUCUAAGAAACAUCACUCAAAAUUUCUUAUAUGUGAUGGAAUAUUUGAUAUCUUGAUUGCCCAAGAUGGGUUUAAACAGAAACUGGUUUAUGUUAAAGAAAACUCAGUUUUCCUGUUCAAUAUUGAAAUUAACAAUGAAAAAUUUUCCCUUGACAUUGUGUGUCUUGCAAAAAAUGAUAACAUUGGAGAAGAAUUUCAAAUAUUCUUUCAUUUACCUCAUUGUGAAUCUGGGAAAAUCUUCGUGGGUGAUGGCACAUUAAAUGGCAUGCUCAAGGGAUAUUUUAAAUUGCAUUCCUACGAGUUAAAACAAUAUCUUCAAUUUGAGAGUGGAAUUGCAAAAUGUGAAAUUGUUUUUAUGAAUAAAUCUGCAGAAAAUGACUGCAGAAUUGGGAGGUUGAGUGACAGAGUCAAACAAAAAGAACUCGCAAUAAAUAAAUUAAGACUGGAUAUUGACAUCCUUACGGCUGAUGCACACAACUCAAAAAAAUCUUUGAAUUUAUUAGAGAGCUUAAUCAAAAGACUUUCCUUUACACUUUUUUUGUGCAAUAACUGCCAGGGCUUAAUUAAGGAUGUACUAUGUUUAUGCUCCCUCAAUCAUAGUUGCUGCCUCAAGUGUUCCAAAGAUCAGUGUAAAUCAUGUGCAGUGCGACAUCCUUGGACAAAAAUUAGAAACUUGGACGACAUUUCCUUACAAUGUGAUUGGCCUCAAUGCUCAAUGCAAAUAAAAAUUGUUGAUUAUAGGAAGCAUCAGCUUAGUUGUUCUUUUAGACCUUAUAAGUGUCCGACAUUAAACUGCACCCAUAUUUUGCAUUCGAGCGAGCAACUUAUUGACCAUUGGCUUUCUCAUGAGUAUCCGUUAUUAUUUGUUGAGGAUUUUGUGCUGCUUGAAAGUUACAACACUUUUGAGUUUUAUUGGUUGGUAUCACAAGAGCUUUAUUUUGUUAAUCUGAUUUUCACAGGAAAUUGUAUUGAUAUUUUAAUACAAGAAGUAAAUGUGUUACAUUCACUAAAUUUAAAGUGCCUUGGUUUUUGUACCAAUUGCCGCCAAUGGGGCCAACUUAUUUUUAGAAAUUUAUUUGGUUUGCUGCGAAUUGAUUCACAAAAUUAUUGCAAUUGCACGGGCCGAAAGAUACCAUAUUCGAAGUUAAAAUUGUAUAUCUAGAAGCUAAAGAUGUUUUUAUAAAAUUUUGAAUAAGUACAUAUUUUUAAUACUGUGGUUUUGUAGCUUUUAGAUAACAGGCAAUCUUCCAUAAUUUUUUAUUUAAUAUUUGUUAAUAUAAAUUAAUACAUGAAUUAA